GAGCAGUAAAAACUGCAGUAACGCUUCAUGUUCACGUCAAGAAUAUCAUUUUGAGCUCUUUAUGUACAGCUCUUCUACUUCUCUUAUAUCUCCCCCCCGGCGACUCUGUCUGCAACCAAGUUCCGUCAGGUUUCGGGUUGGAUUCUACUCCAUUCGCUUUGCAUGCACUGGUCUUUGUUUCCCCGCCUAUCACCCAUCAGCAUCUGACUGCACUCCCCGCUGGUCUCUUGGAGACUCAUCUGAUGCUCCCACCCCCGCAUGUAUCUCCUUUCGUACUAAACCAAAGCUCGAACGUUUCAUCAGGAGUGGCAAACGAGCACAUCCUCUCACUGGAUUAAAUAAUAAUCCACUGCCCAUCCCAUUACCUCCCGUUUCACCGGGCAAUGUCGAACUGUCACUUGGGCUUCUGUUAUCAGGGACAGCGAAGUCACAAACUCAUCUCGACGGACACAGGUUGCAUGAUUGGGCUUUAUCGUGGGGUAGUGCUCUCCACCACUUCUUACAUUGCUCGCAACAUGUGUGUGCAUGCCGCCAAGAUUCAGGUCCCCGAAACAUUUAUUACAGUUUCAUUAGCAUCUUCCGUGAGGCAGGCUCGAUGUGUCGGACGGGCAGCAAGCUUACAGACGUAUUGUACAGACGAACAGAACUUUACAAACGCAGGACAUCAACCUCGGCCACUUCACCCCACUAGAUGGGGUUAAUUUCGGAUGCAAGAGCGGUUUGUUUAACUGAUGCAGACAAUAUUAAAGCCCCUGCUCGUCCAAAUGAAAUAAACUAAACGACCCACCAGCUCUAGUGCAAUCUAGCGAUCCUACGUUUAUCAUGACGCACUCGCCGAACGUGUUGCCACUCAAUACUA